GGAACUAUGGUGUUGUCAUUCUGAGAAUUUGUCAGAAGGUUUGUGUGUGGUGCUGUGAUUACGCAGAUUUUCAUCAAAAGCGUUCGUAAAAUGAAAUCCUCGAUCGAUUGCGAAGCGAUCGAGACGCGAGACGCGGAAGACCGCGAGGAAGGCGAGAUUGUCGACGACGAUCUGGAAGAUAUAUCGGACAAUUCAAUAAUCUCGACCACCCCGUGCAAUGGUAAGUCCCUUUCUUCUACCGAUCGUUUACCCGCCAUAUCUUUAAGCAGCGUUACCGAGGAGUCGUCGCUGCAACCGCGCCGAAGAAGAAAACGCUGCGCGCAUCGUAAAGACUCGAAGCAUUCGCGCAAAAAAAGACGAAUUCGAAAAAAGUCCUCAGAUUCGGAGGACGAGGAGGCGAUAGACAAGUCGCUACAGUUUCAGUUAAAAGCAGCCGUGUGCGUAGAUGCGAAAAUCUCACGCAGAAACAGCUUACAGACGAGACUGAAAGCGAUGACAAAGAGCACUGAAACAGCUGAUGAAAAAAUCGAAAACAUAAACCUUGUCAGUUCGGAGGCGGAAGAACCAAAUGAUGAAGACGCGGAAAUUGAUAAUGAACUCAUGCAGUUGCGUUUAGAAGCGUUACAGACUGCUAUUUAUAACAAAUAUAAAGACAAAAAGAGGAAAAACAACGGCGACAAUAGCGAUGAGACUAAUAAGGAGAACAGUGGUGGUAACGGUGCUGAGGCAGUGAAGCAGCCCGAAAAUACGCCACCUUCGCCCGACGAGGAUGAGGAUAUCCUGCGGGCGUUGCUUUUGGCAUCAAUGUCAAAAAAGAUUACCAACAAAAUUGAUGUCGUUUCCGAGAAGACGGCCCCGAAGCUUUACGCGGCCCCGAAUUAUAAACUGAACCACCUUAAAAGCAAACCUAUGAUGGCGCCGAAAUUUCCUCAGGUGCGGCCGCUCAUUAUCGACCUUAACGACGACUCGGACACGGAAGAUGAUCUCGUUUCAGACAAAAUCGAAACCGUAGACAAAGUGAUUGAAAAUACCGUUGAGAAAUUUCUGAAGGAGCAACGUGAAAAGGUGGAAACGGAAAAUAAUGACAAGGCGCUUGUUAAAGUGUUGAAUCCGCCUAAAAAGGCCGUUACAAACGUUUACGCGUCUAGUAGGAUGAUGGCGCCUCGCAGAACAAGCCUCAAAGUGGUCAAUAGGAAGUUCGUGACACCACCUAAACCGAAAAAAACGGCACUAUUUAAUAAAUCGACGCUCAACCUAUUGCCGGAAGACAAACGCAGGGAGUAUGAGAAGUUGCAACUGCUGCUGACUCUCAAAAAGGCCGAACGCAGACCUAGGGUCAGGAGACUGUCCCAGAGGGUGUCGGAGAGUGGCGCGAAGAACAAACCUGCAAGACCGAAGGUCGACCAAACAUCAGGAUUCCCCAAGACCGGGACGUCCACAAAAGAGGAUGUGAAAAAGUCGAACCCGCUGCAGCUGCUACAGGGCGCACUAAAGGAGAUGCAGUACAGGAAGAACGGGAGCUUGCAGAUCCACGCCCGUUACGGCGGCCUAAGGCCGCUGAUAAAAAAAAUCGACCAGCUUGGAAAGGAGGAGAAACAGUGGAACCAACAAAUCAAGCGGUUGCUCGAGGAGUUGGCGGAGGCAAGGAAGAAGCAGCAGGCCGCGCAGGCGAAUAUGUCCAACGCGAUAAAGCGGCUGGUGCAGUGGAAGGGAAAAAUCGAUCGGAGCGCUAAAGCGCCAGCUACGUCAACGCCGGUUAAAAAGGACCUACCGCCGCCGCCUCAACUGGUUAUCCUUCCUACUAAGCCGCCCAGUAAUAAAGAACGGCGGGAACAUAGUAGUCCUACGACUGAUAUCGAAAUAAACUCAGGAGACCCAAACGAUAUCGACAGGAUCAUAUCAAAGGCAAAGCUUCCGCCAGUAGCUCACGUCUCAGAGAAAAUAAAGUACGUGUCACCUUUGGAUCCAGUGAAAAGGUCGGAACUGAGCGACCCUUUUUCCAUUAUGUGCCCGUUCGAGGUGGAUGGUACUUGUAAGGAUCCAGACUGUACAUACCAGCAUUUCAUCCCGAAGUGACAUUUACUCAAUAAUUGUGAUUUAUUUUUCGUGCCAGGGUACUUUAUAUACCACUUUACCAAUUAUAAGGUUAUAUUAUAACAGUUGAGAUAUAUUUUAUCUACUCUUACCGCGUGUAGCGAGAUCUGCAGUACAAACCGAUCCCCCUGCCCCUCGGCUUUUUUUUUCUUUGUAAUUUACAACCAA